GUGUGCGUGCUUGCGCAGUGUAGGUGUAAAGUGAGGAGAAAACAGAACGGAAAGCGGACGCGCGGUGAAAUAUCUACAGAAAUGGACGGCAUCGGCGAUGUUACAGUUGGAGUGAAGAGAGGAUCAGACGAGCUGAGUAUGUACAACAGUCCCAACUCUGGCAUGAGCAGUAUCAGUGAUGGGGCUUCCAAUGGCAGCGACAGUAAAAAGCUGAGGGUGGAGGAGGCUCCUCCCUCCCGUGUACUCCACAUCAGGAAGCUGCCCAACGAGGCCUCAGAGACAGAAGUCAUCUCCCUCGGCCUGCCUUUUGGCAAAGUCACCAAUAUCCUCACACUAAAGGGAAAGAACCAAGCAUUCUUAGAGAUGGGGACAGAAGAGGCGGCCAUCACUAUGGUCAACUACUACACCACAGUAACUCCACAUGUCCGCAAUGUCCCCGUCUAUAUUCAGUACUCCAAUCACAAAGAACUGAAAACUGAUGCUGGAAAUCAGCGGACCCAGGCAGUGCUGCAGGCGGUGACAGCUGUCCAGUCUGGUGGGUCACCAAGUUCAGACGUUCAAGAAGCUCUCGCCGCAGCCUCCAGUCCAGUGCUGCGGAUCAUCAUUGACAACAUGUUCUACCCUGUGACGCUGGAUGUGCUCCAACAGAUUUUCUCCAAGUUUGGUACUGUCAUGAAGAUAAUCACAUUCACCAAGAACAAUCAGUUUCAGGCCCUUCUACAGUUCAGUGACCCUGUUAAUGCACAGCAGGCUAAACUGGCAUUGGAUGGUCAGAAUAUCUACAACUCAUGCUGCACGCUGCGUAUAGACUUUUCCAAGCUGGUCAACCUCAAUGUAAAGUACAACAACGAUAAGAGUCGUGACUACACACGUCCUGAACUUCCUGCUGGUGACGGACAGCCGAGUAUUGAUCCCUCAGUGGCUGUUGCCUUCAGUAAAGAUUCCAACUCCCUCCUCGGUAAGAUCCCAGGAGCCCUGAGCCCUCUGAGCGCAGCGGCAGCGGCUGCUGCAGCUGCAGGGAGGGUGGCCCUCGCUGGACAGACAGGGUCCAGCGGGGUCCUGCUGGUCAGCAACCUCAACGAGGAGAUGGUUACGCCCCAAAGUCUGUUUACCCUCUUCGGAGUCUAUGGUGAUGUCCAGAGGGUAAAAAUUCUUUACAAUAAGAAGGACAGCGCUCUCAUUCAGAUGUCCGACGCCAACCAGGCCCAGCUCGCAAUGAGUCACUUGAACGGCCAAAAGAUGUAUGGGAAGAUCAUCCGAGUGACGCUCUCCAAGCACCAGACUGUGGCGCUGCCCCGUGACGGCCUGGACGACCAGGGUCUCACUAAAGACUACGCCAAUUCGCCACUUCACCGCUUUAAGAAACCCGGAUCCAAAAACUUCCAGAACAUCUUCCCGCCCUCUGCCACUCUCCACCUCUCCAAUAUCCCACAAGAUGUGACGGAGGAUGACCUGCGACUGCUCUUCUCCAACACUGGGGGCAACGUGAAAGCAUUCAAGUUUUUCCAGGAUCGCAAAAUGGCUUUGAUCCAGAUGUCAACGGUGGAGGAGGCGACCCAGGGUUUGAUCGACCUUCACAACUACAACAUGGGAGGCAACCAGCACCUGAGAGUCUCCUUCUCCAAGUCCACUAUUUAAGAAUGUGACCCUGACCCACAAACUCGGUCAGACAUCUUUCAGACUGUGUCUGGACACUGGGGGGGGACCAUGUGGAUUUCAUCAGUUGUGUUGAUAACUGUCAUUCCUUCAGAGACACUGAAACCUUUGACCUUUUGUUUUUUGUUUGUUUUGAAGAGAACAGCUGAGUGUAGCCCUGGUCAGACCUGGUAACAAGAUCUGUUUCAUGUCGUUUAAUCGCAAGAGAACAGCUCUUCAGCACAUCAGUACACACCUUUGAGUCGAUUCUCUCAGAAUAUGUCUCCAUUCACCACCUGUGGACCCAGUGGAACCUGAUAUGAAAUAUGAAAUUGUACUUGUAUGUUUUUUUGUCAGGCCCAGCACACAGUGCAGUGCCGUACGUAUAUGUUUUCGUAUCAAUGUGCGUAACUUGUGAAAAGCACCCACGGGUGAACAUGUCAGUGGUUCUGUGUCCACACUGGGUUUGGGUCGGGUUUGAACUCAGUGAUCUGAUCAAACAUGUGUCCGCGUGUUUUCACACCUGUGUUUAGAGCUGUUCACCUGAGACAGAUGUUAGCAGGUGUGAACAGGCUCCGCCUCCCAGCUUCUCUUAACUGUACCUCUGUAUUUUUAUGUCAAAAUCUUGACACGAUUGAUUGUCCCUCUGUAUAAUAGUUUUGAUGUAGAUCAAUGUUUGAUUCUUGAUUUAAUUGAAAAGAGACAGUACUCAUGUGCCUUACUUGACAUGAUCAACAGUUUAUACAGAUAGUCAUCUUCAUAACUAUCCUCCUAUGCUUUAGAGGCACAUUGGUAUUGAUUUUGUUUUUUGGUGUGAUGAGAAUGCGAGUUGUUUUGUUAUCCUGCAGACGUCAUUAUUAUAGUUUUUGAUUUCUCUUUUGUUCCACACUUUUAGAUUCAUGACAUUUUCUUUUUAGUUAGGAGCAGAACAGAGAGGAAU